AUGGAUGACUCAGAAGGUCUGGAUUCAGAUCCAACACCCAUGGAAGAUGUACCAAAUGAAGCCGUAGGAAGGGAAACCAAACCUGCUGGGACCAAAACACAGCAAAGAGAAAAGAAACGUAAUAUAUACGACAGAUAUGGCAAAGAUGGUCUGAAUGGCAGUGGUGGUGGUGGUGGUGGUGGAGGAGGUGGUCACUUUGAUAAUGACUUUGGUUUUGGAUUCACAUUCAGAAAUCCAGAUGAUGUUUUUAGGGAGUUCUUUGGUGGAAGAGAUCCAUUUUCGUUUGACUUUUUUGAAGACCCUUUUGAUUUCUUUGGUGACAGAAGAGGAAAUCGUGGAAGUAGAAAUAGAGGUGGAAUUGGACUCUUUUCAUCUCCCUUUGGUGGUGGAUUUUCUUCAUUUGGGGGUGGAUUUCCAGAUUUUAAUAGUGGUUUUACUUCAUUUGCUUCUUUGGGAACAGGUGGAUUUGGUUCGUUUUCUUCCUCUUCAUUUGGUGGAAGUGGGAUGGGUAACUUCAAAUCUGUAUCAACUUCUACUAAAGUGGUUAAUGGCAAGCGAAUCACCACAAAAAGAAUAGUAGAGAAUGGCCAAGAAAGAGUCGAAGUUGAGGAAGAUGGUCAGUUAAAAUCUUUAACGAUUAAUGGUGUUGCAGAUGAGCAAGCUUUGACCGAGGAAAGCAGGCGCCGUGGGCAGAAUGCUUUACCUUUUCAACCAUCUUUCUCCCAUUCAUCCAGGUCUCAGUGGAGUAGCAGCAGCCCUAGGCAUGCCUAUAAUAAUGAACAAGCAGAUGACUGGCUGCAGAUGCCAAUGACAUCAGCAGGAAUCAAAGAUAGUGGAAAAAGGAAGAAACCACGACAAAAAGAUGAGCACAAGAAGAAGAGAUCUAGCAAGUUUUAAUUAGUGAGAUCCCGUGGCCGACCCUGUUUGCAUCAUUGCCAUCAGUCUUACAUUUUGGUGUGAAUGAAGCAUAAUUUAAAACUCAUUAUUUUUGUUUUCUUAGGAUGCAUUUAGUAAGAUGCACAGUGUAGUUCAAAUGGGCAGUGUUAAUUCUGGAACUUGGACUUAAAACAGCUGUUAACUGCUUUUCUGUCUGUACCUAAACCUAAAAACAAAUAAAUUACAAUUUUUUUUUAUUGCAAAGCAAUUUGAAAGUAACCUGUGAAGAAUUGACAUUCAUUACAUUUGCGAUUCUCAGGCUGUAAUUUACACCCAGAAAGAAAAAUGCUUCGGUGUUACCAGAUGAGGACAUUGGUGUACUGCAUAGUGCAAUAAGUAGUCGUAGUCUCUACUUAACAUGUAGAAAAAGUGUUCAUUCAAAAGAUUUUUUGUGCGAGAUUUAUUUGUGUAACAUUACUGUUUGCAGCCUGUCCCUUCAUCUUAUUCAGAACAGCUGAUUCUCAGAACUGGCAGCAUAGUUUGUGAAUUUUGCGUCAUUGCAAAUUUUGAUCUGAGUAAUUCAACCUUGAUUUUAGGCUUAGUAGCAGGUUGUGUCCCUCUGUGGUUUUACUUGCUUGUUAUCGGGCACUCUUGAAUACUGCUUAAUAUUCCUAUGAUUAUAUUACACAGAUUCUUUCACAUCUGCAUAACGUGGAGAUUACUGUGCACAUAAAUCUAUUGAUGUGGUCUGUGAAAUGUGAAAAAUAAGCAACAGUUUUGCAGCAUAUUUAUAUUGUAACAGGACCUUGUUUUCAGCUAUGUUAAAUUGUAUCACUUGACGCAAUCCACAUACCCCCAAUUUUGUGCGUGAUUCAGAGGAACGUCAUUUUGCAAGGCACACUUAAAACAUGCUCAGCUCAGGUUUACUUGCGCUGCUUACAUUUUAUCUGUCAAAGCAUAAUGUAAAAGCUAAACUUUAGAUUCCUUGACUCUUCCCUUUCAGUCAUACUUUUGGUGCUACAAGCAAACACACACACACAGAGCACUAUAUUGCAAAUGUGCAAAGAGGAAAAAGGACCCACUUAAUUACUCCCUUGAAAAUGCGUAGUCCCAUUUUUUGACACCAGUGAUGCAUUUCGUAGUAACUGAUAAGUUAGUUGCACACAUCCCAUUGCAUUCUGCUGAGCAUUUUUCAUGUUGCUUUCACUUUUAUUAUCUGUGGACCUUCCUAUAUAUGUUGCUGCCUUAGAUGCUAUAAGGGUAGUUUUUAAUGUUUUUGUUCCCCCCCAGAAACACCACCUUAGAGGUUUCCGUGAAUUUGUUGUUACUACAGUGUACGGCAAGUUAGUGUGUCAUCUGAAUAAGCUUAUCAGUGUCUUUCCAUUUUCUCCACAGUGUUAUUUCCUUCGCAGACUAGCAUUUCAUCCUGUAGGAGUAACUUAAAACUGCUCUCAUGGAUAUUUAUUGAAAUAUUGACUACAAAUGCUCCUACUCUGUUGUAGGAGAAUGUUCAGGUUAUGGAUAUUCUGUGCUGAUUCUUUGCAGUGGGCUACUAGGGUUGGUUACUUUCUUUUGCAGUGCACCUUGUGAACAUCAUAAUGUGAUGUUUUUAAAUUUCAGCAUUCCUUACUUGGUCUUCUGGGUCAGUGAUAUUUGGCUUGGCCAUUGCCAAGCAAUGGGGAGGCAAAAGACUUGCAUGACUUUCCCAGGUUUUACCAGAAAAAUAAGAACGUUUAUAAUCCUUUGAACCAUUUUUCAGAUAUCAGUUAAUGAUUCGUAGCAAGAGGAGAGUGUAGUAUAAUUGUUCACACACACUGUGUUAUUAUAGUCCAUGGAUUUUAGUAGUCAUAGCAUGAUUACAUGUAAGUUAGGAAGAUUGCUUUUUAUUUGUAUUUUUAAUUCCAGUACAGUGCCUCUAUUUAGGUGCUGUAUGGUUUUUUUUGUUUGUUUCUGUAACAUAGUGAUUGCAAGAGAAAACAGCAUUUGUUUUCUUGUCUUACACAUAAGCAAUUCAUAUUUCUUUUCCUAGCAUAAGUACUGUUCUGCUUAUUUAUGCAGCUUGUCUUUAGAAAGUUGGAAAUUAACUUAUUGUUUUCGUGUUUGUAACUGCUUUCAAGGUUGUGCUUGAAGCACAUCUCUUCAGGUGUAUUGCAAACACAGCGGGUUAGUAAAGGUAGCAGAAGUGACUCAUGAGUACUUCCAACAGCCAUUCAUAAUUCUUUGCCACUUAGCUACACCUUUUCACACACUGACACUUUUAUAAUGUAAGAACUAAAGUUACAUUACUGGUCUGACGUUAUUCUACAGACAUGGCCAAUUCCUAUACUGUACAUAUCUGAGUGUUGAGUAUAGACGUAAUGCUGUGUAACAGCCAUAUUCAAGUAAUUGUAGUUUCAAGGUUAAUAUGAAACAGUGUGAUUCAGCAUACUUUGACUAACUUGAACCUUCUUUAGCUUACUAGAGUUUUAUGAGGCAUGAAGAUGUUAAUCAUACCUAGAUUGCAUGAAUGUGUGUUGCAGUGGGAGGGGGUGCAUUUAAGAGCUGAUGGGGUCAAGUCGAGAUGCAUCAAAACUGGUAAUGCUAAAAAAAAAAUGAGCACUGUCAUCUGUGAUCUCAUCCUUCCUCAAAACAAAAUGCAAGACAAAUGCAUAGUCAAAUGUGUACUCGCCAGAAGCUGAGCAGGCAGUUUAAAAAAAAACAGAAAACAUGAAUUUUCUCCUCAAUAACUUGCAUUGGCUUUCUGCUCCAGUGCUAUUUGCAUUGGUUCACAUUUCACAACAUGGCACAGAUUUUAAAUAUGUUAAACAGUUAUAAUCUGCUGUUCUGUGUAAUACACACUUGGUUAAAUUCUUUUUCCACCCUCAACUGUUAGUAUGUGACGUGUGUGUGUUUCAGUUGGUAGCAUGGGUUAUCUUUGAAUGAAGGCAAAUAUUUGUAUUACUGUAUGUCUACAGAUGAAGAAAAUGCAACUUUUUAGUGUUCAAUAAAGAGUUUGUGUGAUGUACAGUUUCAAAA